AUGAGUUGGUUUUUCACGAAGUUGAGGGAAGUAAUUGGGGAUGUCAAAAACCUUGCAUUCGUAACCGAUCGAGGGCAGUCAAUAAUAAAUGGUAUCGCCAAAGUUUUUCCCGAAGCACAUCAUGAUUAUUGUAUGUACCAUGUACAGGGAAACCUGAAAAUCAAGUAUCGAGGCAAGGGCAUUGUUGCGUUGUUUAGGAGAGCUGCAGAGGCUUACAAUUUUGAAGAGUUUGAAAAAUUCAUGGUCGAAAUAAACAAUAAAUCGCAUGCUGCAUGGGAGUAUCUAACAGAGAUGGGGAUUAAACAUUGGAGUUGGGCAAGUGUGCUAACCCCGGCUCAAGAAGAUAAGCUCUUCAAGACUCUAGAUGUGAAGAGAAAGGUAUAUGUAGAACCACUGGAUCAGUUUCGCUUCUCCGUGAGAUGUGCACGUUAUUUCGGAUACAUCGUGGACUUGAAUGAUAACACGUGCACGUGUAGACGAUUUCAGUUAGAGAGUUUUCCGUGUACACAUGCAAUGACAGUGGCUAUGCAUAGAGGAUUUCCACCGCACACCUUAUGCAGUGUGUAUUACAUGACUGAUUAUUUGAGAACAGCGUAUGCGGAAACAAUAUUUCCUAUAUCAAACUAA